UUGGGGGAGGGUGCACAGCCUGCGAUGUUGACAACAACAGGGAAAUGGCUCUGCUAAUGAUGUUGGACUCUCAACCACUGCUGAAAGGAAUAUUUAAUUUAUAAGCUAUGCCAACUUUAAAUGCCAUUAAUGACUGGAAACUUAAAUGCGUUUGUCAUUAUCUUUUAUUAGUUCAUUUAAGAGAUACCGGGUUUCAAAGUUUAAUAUACAUAUAAUGUGGCAAACCUUUAAACUGAAGUGGAAAUAGUCCAACUUUUUCUAUUUUACUGAUCCUUGCAGGCUGUAGAUUAAGGCGCUCCGAGCUAAAACCAACACCUAUAUUAAGACACCGGUGAGGGGCGAGCAACCUGUCUUUGUCGUGACGGGCCGCAAAGAAGAUGUGGCCAUGGCAAAGAGGGAGAUCCUGUCAGCAGCUGAGCACUUCUCCCUCAUCAGAGCCUCUCGAAGCAAGCCGGGCCCUCCGUCGGCUGUAACCGGUUUAGGGGCCCCUGCUUUACACGGACAGACGACCAUUCAGGUGCGGGUACCAUAUCGUGUUGUAGGAUUGGUCGUGGGUCCCAAAGGGGCAACCAUCAAACGUAUUCAGCAGCAGACCCACACCUACAUCGUGACGCCGAGUCGUGACAAAGAGCCAGUGUUUGAGGUCACCGGGAUGCCGGAGAACGUGGACCGGGCGAGGGAGGAGAUAGAGGCGCACAUCGCCCUCCGCACUGGAACCUGCGGGGGCAUUGAGGCUCCAGGUGUUGACAACAAUGACUUUCAGUUCAACGGGACAGAUGUCAGCUUUGAGACCUCUGCGAUGGCCAUUGGGUUGGGGGAGGCCGGGUGGCUCCACGCAGGUGCAUCAUCACCGAGUGGUGGUAACUUGCUGCCAGUGAGCAUCAACGGUACUCAGCGAGUCAAUAGCAAUAUUAGCAGUGGUGUCAAGAUGUCUUCCACCUACCGCAAUGACAGCUCCAGUUCCCUGGGCAGCGGCUCCAGCUCAGCUGAUUCUUUCUACGGCACUGGGAAUGGUAACCGAAUGGCAGAUUUCAGCCCAACCUGCGGGUUUAAUGCCAACGCUAACAACAACAACAACAGCAAUGGUGGCAGUACGAGUUUCUGGUUUGGAGAGAACCUUCUUCCUGUUGGGUCUGAGGAGCUGGUCAGCCUUGGAGGUGGCAGCGGCGGCUCCUCCUCAGGAUUUGACCCGUUAACCAUUUCCACUGCCGCUGCCUCUCACCCUCCUGCACAGCCACACAUCUGGAGCCCCUUUGUGGAUCACCAGUCCCUCCAGGCCUUCGAUGCUCUUCAGUCUCAGACCAGUCAACCUGGAACACCCCGGCUCUCUCCAACCUUCCCGGGGACAGAAGUCUUGGAGCAUCCUCAGGCCCAGCGUGUCCACCGAGGGCCUUUCGGCUCGGCCGGGAACCUCGACGCCCACAGGUUCCCCUCUUACAGCUCAGCCUUCUCCUCUUCCAGUGAAAGCACCGCCUCAUCAUCCUCUCCUCCUGAAUCCUCUCUCUCCUACCGACCGGGGCUUGGAUUAGCGGGGAGAGGACAGGAGAUAUGCAUCCACUGUAUGGAUAACCAGGUGAUCGCUGCCUUGGUUCCUUGCGGCCAUAACCUUUUCUGUCUAGAUUGUGCCACCCAGAUAUGCCAGGGUCCAGAAGCUGUGUGCCCUGUGUGCCUGUCCCCGGCCACACAGGCCAUUCAGCUCCGCAAUAUGUGAUUUUAAUCCAUUUAAUUUGAUAGAUGAUGAGGGAUCAGCCUCCUCAACACGUCUUAUGUUUGGGGAACUUACAAAACUGACCCCGAAUCAGUGUCUAGGUGUGACUUCACCCCAGCUUUGUCUAAGCUGGUGUUUGGUUGAGAGAGGUGAGGAAGAGUAGGUGAAUAAGCAAUGAUGUGUAUUUAGGGCAUGGGUUAGGGUGUUCAGCCCGUUCAUGUGCCUGCUAUUGUGAAGUCUUCUUCCUUGAUUGAUUGAUUGAUUGAUCAAUGGGAGGGUUGGAAGCCCUCUAUGUAGCAUUGGGUGGGUUGGGAUAUCUAUAUCUAUAUCUAUAUAUAUAUAUAUAUAUAUAUAUUUUAUUUUAUUUUAUUUUAUUUUUUAUUUUUUUUGCUCAUCAUGAUCUUUGAUUUAUCUUUUUUUUUCUCCUUAAAACAUUUAGUUACCAGUUUCUGGCUACCUAUAAUUUGAAUUUCUUUUAAAUCUAUUUUGAAUUUUAUUUGAAACAUACUGUUGGCUUUUGGUCACUGUUUAUUUUGUCUACAUCUCAAAAGUUUUAUCCAUUUUUAAAAAUUUUUUUGCUGCUACAGUUUAUGUGUUGAACUACGGCCCAGCCCCUUUGCCUCUCAAUUAUUGUGCUCAUGGCAGGAAAACUUGGGAAGGAAAAACAGCGAGCACGUUUACAUAUAGUGGGUCCACACAUAUGACUGUGUAUAAAUUAACAGUAUACUCCUGGUUACUACAACAUUUGAAUGCUGCAGUUAACUCGAUUUAAUGUACACAUGCUACAUCAUCCUGUCAGGUUUCACUUUAUCCCAGAUAAUUUAUGUAAACAUUAUCAGGCUAUUGACUUGUGUCUAUGCUACUUUAAAGUUCUAUGAUGUUUACAUUCUCCAGAUUAUAACUCAGAAUUGCUGAUAUUACCGCUGUAUUAAUAAGCAUGAACACACACCCCCGGAUGAGUUUUUAAACCGAGCGGGUCAAACCUGCAACCGCAAAGUUGUCACACUCCAAUGGCAACCUCUUGUUGCCUCAGGUCUCUUUCUUUCCCGUAAUAGAACCAACCAGUGGGUAGCUCCUUUUUGUGCCAGGAUGUUACCCCACUUCAGGAGCGCCCCGUUGCUUUCCAUUUAUACUUAAAAUCAAGCUGUUUACGGUAAACUUGUGCCUAAUUCCGUUCUGAGUAAACAAAAGAAACAACUGGUUCAGCGGACACACAGUGUUGCUUUGUCUUCAGACAAACUUGUGGCCUUUUUUGGAAAGCCUAUAUUUAACUGGCAACACUAUCUACAAAUCCAGAUCUGGGCUUGAAAGAAAGCAAGCUGACAGACUGAAGUCUUAAUGUAUUUGACGAAGUUCCGUUUCUGAAAAGCAUCUGGCUGGAACAAAGGUUAUAUCACAGGGAUGCUUUCUUUUGCUUCCUAUUUUAUUGAGCCUUUCUUAAAUAUUUAGUACCCUGUUGCUUUAUCUUACCCGCACCAAACACUCAUUUAGUUUUUUUUUUUUUUUCUGUUUUCAUAUUUUUCCUGUCUCUUUCUUUUGCCUUUUUUCUUUAUAUCUCGAUUACAUCUUGGUAUGGGAAACAAUGUGCUGGUUUUCAGACAGAAAUAUGUGCACAGCUUGUGCUUUGGGUAACAUUCCUCCUCCCUGGUAUUGCAGUCACUUUCUCAGAUGAAACGAGUACAGCUAAUUACGCUUACUUAAACCUCACCUGAGAGCUGAUAUGAAGACAGCUGUGAUCUGGAACAAAUCCCCGCUCUGCACAGGCGGGUUGCUGAUUUGCUUUUCACCACCUUAAUAAUCUGUGACUUGAAUGUUGAACCGUGUACUGCUCCGCCCUGUGGCUGUCUCGUCACACCUAGUUGGUAAGCAAUCAGUCAAAUAAUUCCAUUGGGAUGUAAAACUGAGAUGAAGGCCAUCCGCUGCUUUGCUCUGUAAUCCCACAUCUUGUCUGCCAGGCCUAUGCAAAAAUCAUCUCCGUGUGUUUGCCACUCAAUGAAGCACUAUAAAUUCACCUCCUCGGGUUUUAAUUACAGAGCUCAAACAAACUUGAGCUUAAACUUUCAGACAGACACAUCCCUUCCGUUUUUUUUCUACUACGUUUCAGUGUUAACCUUCAAUACCUGCUUUAAUGCAUUGACGAGAUGUCUCAAUGGUACACACGUGGCUUCUGUGUUUCAUCUCAUAUGCUGUCGUCCUGUGCACUACUUAAGCACAGCCUUACCCAUGUCGUAUCACACUAUUGACUAUUUGGGACAAGCACAUCAUGAUUUCUUUUGGUUUUUUUCCCUCCCUUCGGUGCAUGCAUCUGUCCGUUCAUUUUCCUGGAAAGCAGAGAAGAGGUACAAAUUGGUGAAAAUCAUCUCAAAUCUUAGCUUUAAACACCAUUGUCUCGAGACUUUUUCAGGACUGAAUGAGUCGACUGAACGUUUUGAAGGGGAAGCAGCUGGAAUGAUUUCAUCUUGGACUGUGCGGACACUACAGAAGGUCAAUACUGUUGCUUUGUUGUGUGGACAUUGGACUGCAGUCCGUCGAGCAUUCCAGCUGUAAACAGUAUUUGGGAGAUAUUACAUCGCUUAGCCGUGUUUCUUAAAUAUGAUCUUUUUCGUGGGUGAUUGAGCUUUCCUGAGGAAGUGGAACCAAACGGAGUCCCCAAAGUGCAAAAAACCCAUCUGCUUCUGUCCCCUCGGGUCUUCUAUCCGUCCCAUUAUUUUACUUCUCUCAGCUCUACGAAGGGUCGAUUUCUUUUUGCUCUCUUUCUCUCUCUGAGGGAACGCAAUACACUUGUCGGCCCUCACUUUAUUGACAUUUUUUGUGUAUGUAUUAUAUAAUAUUACUGUUAAUGACUGAUAAAUAUACAGAACUUAUUUUUUAUUUUGUUACAUUUCAUAUAUAUACAUAAAUAUAUCUAUAUUAAAAUGUUUACAAUAAGAUUUUUUAAUUUUUUUUGUUUACUUUUCUCUGAGUGAUAAAGUAAAUGAAGAGUUGGAAAACACAGAAAUGUUGCAGGAGAGUGUCAGUGCUAUCUGCUUGUAGUCUAGUUAAUAGUUUACAGUAUUGAUGAUAAUAGUAUUGAUAGCUGCCGUUUAAACCUAGUGGAAAAUGGAAUGUGCAUCACGAGCAUGUCUUCAUAAUUUACCGCCAAUGUAAAAGAUCACACUGCAAAUGUAAAAAGGCCAAGGAUUCAAGCUGCCUGUCCUGUCUGUACACCACCAAAUUAAGAACGGUAUACUAUUAAAAUGUAUCUUAGAUUAUCUAUAUAUAAAUACAUAUAUUGUUAAGCUGUACCAACGGUUCAAAGUAUUUGCUAAUUUUACUACACUUUUGUUAUGUAUAUGUAGGGGGAGUCUUAUGGCAUAUAAAUUCUUCAAAUUGAGUCAGGAGUUUAAAAGCAGACUAUAUUUUAUAAUGGCCUUUUAAGUUAUUGCGGCCAAAGCACUGAUAUUAUAUAUUUGCUGUAAAGAGAAUUUAAGAGUUUUAUUUUUCUGAUAUUAAAGUUACUUAAUAAAGACGGUUUCAUUUAAAGCCA